GACUCUCCUCUCUUCUCGUCGUGGCACAUCGUUAAACCAGCGGACGCGCACCAGUGAAAAGUAUUUGACAGCUGCACUUUGUUGAGUGGACUCGGAUUCAGGAUGGUGUCGUCGUACCCGCUGCCGGAUGGCUUCUCCGACUUCGACGUGUUCUCCCUGGGCUCCUGCCUGCUGGUGGAGGGUCUGCUGGGCUUCUUCCUGAACGCGGUGACCAUCGCUGCUUUCCUCAAAGUCCGGGAGCUGAGGACCCCCAGCAAUUUCCUCGUGUUCAGCUUGGCCAUGGCUGACAUGGGCAUCUGCAUGAACGCCACCGUCGCCGCUUUCUCCAGCUUCCUGAGGUAUUGGCCAUACGGCUCUGACGGGUGCCAGACUCACGGUUUCCAGGGUUUCGUGACAGCUCUCGCCAGUAUCCACUUCAUCGCCGCCAUCGCCUGGGACAGAUACCACCAGUACUGCACCAGGACCAAGCUGCAGUGGAGCAGCGCCAUCACUCUGGUUGUGUUCAUCUGGCUCUUCACCGCCUUCUGGUCCGCCAUGCCCCUGAUUGGCUGGGGAGAGUACGACUACGAGCCCCUCAGGACCUGCUGCACCCUGGACUACACCAAAGGAGACAGAAACUACGUGUCCUACCUGAUCCCCAUGAGCAUCUUCAACAUGGCCAUCCAGGUGUUUGUUGUCAUGUCCUCUUACCAAUCCAUUGCACAGAAAUUCAAGAAGACUGGAAACCCCAGGUUCAACCCCAACACUCCUCUUAAGACCAUGCUGUUGUGCUGGUGCCCCUAUGGCCUCCUGUGUUUCUACGCCUGUGUGGAGAACGCCACCCUGAUCUCCCCUAAGCUCAGGAUGAUGGCACCUAUCCUCGCCAAGACGUCCCCGACCUUCAAUGUCUUCCUGUACGCUUUGGGAAAUGAGAACUACAGAGGAGGCAUCUGGCAGUUCCUCACCGGGGAAAAGAUUGAAGUGCCUCAAAUUGAGAACAAGUCCAAAUAAACUGAGCAUGUAAUAUCGCACACUUUCUGUCCUGGUGGUUUCUCGC